AUGUCGGGCCCAUGGCAGCCACCGGCGCCGAGCCUCGCCGCCCUGCCCGUCGACACGACCAAGACUGAGCCAAAGCCUGCCUACUACAAGCUCCAGUUCGGAGACGACGUUACAGGCUUUAGUUAUUAUGUCCGGACGCUCAGCGUUGUGAUCGGACGCAGCGUCGAUCGCAAUGCUUCACAUCCUCCACCAGUGCCCGCGCUCCCGCCUCCACUUCCGUUCGACGACAACCCCUUCCGCGUCAGCAUCCUCGGCGGCACACCGCCGCUCAACGAACCAUCCCCAAAAUCUGGCGUCAAUGGCGGCAGCGAUGGUGGUGUUGGCGCAGAGCACCACCUCUCCUCAUUAUAUCAUGGCGAGACCAUUGAUGUCCCGGACGAGUUUGCGUCGCAACUGCAAGGUGGCGGCGUGGAUGAAGGUGUGGGAGCGGGAGGGUUUGACGCUGGUGACGAAGGUGCCGUGCAGUCCCCGUUUGACAACGUCGCAUUGGGAACGCCAGCCAAUCUCGAAGCACCACCACCAACAACAACAGAUCUGUCGGCCGAGCCUGUCGUGAAGAUGGAGGAGCAGGAGCAGCAGGAGCAGCAGGACAUUGAGAUGGCCAUGUCGUACGGCGACGGUCUUGAUGUCGACGUCAAGCCCGACCUGGACGCCCUCGCCGGUCUCGACGACUUCAACCUCUUUGCAGAGAGUGAGCACCUGAGCUCGGGUAUACACUCCCUUGAAGGGUCAGUGGAAGUUGAGGCUACUGUCGAGUCUGUCAUGGGCGAGGCUACCUUUGACGCCGAUGGCACUGUCUUCUCUGCGGCGGCGUCCAUGGACAUUUCCGCCGCUCCAUCUGUCGCUCCAUCCGCCCCCGAGUCUGCCGCCGUCUCGGUCAAAGCUACUCCCGAGGCUGAGACUGCCGUCAAGAUCGAGGACGAGUCUUCUACUGCGGCCCCUCCAGCUCCUCCCCCUCCGCCCAUGAAGUGGGCUCAGUCGUCGCUCGAGCACGUGGACAUUGACCUGGGCUCACUCAAGUCCGUGUCCCGUAACCACGCCAAGAUCGAGUACCGCUCCGACCUCGGCCAAUUCUGUCUCGAGAUCUUUGGACGUAACGGCGCCUGGGUCGAUGACCGCUACUAUGUCAAGGGCACGAUUGUUCCUUUGAGCCAAGGAUCCCAGAUCCAAAUUGCCACCCGCAUCUUCUCGUUCAUCCUCCCUCCCUCCCCCGAGUCGUCUCCUUCGUACGCCCAGGCCCCUCUCGACAUUGGCGAGGGGAGCUACGAACAACUUCCCUACCCUUACAACCUUCCUCCCGACCAGGUCGGCUAUGCUGAAUUUUUCGGCGAGCCCGGACCGGGACCCGCAUCCGCAGCCACCAUGGCCGCAAGAGUACCCGCGUUCAACGCCUUCUCUGCUACCGACACCUACGACCUCGGUGACGGUGGUAACGGUUUCGCCGACCACGAGUGGGCCGACGAAUGGGGAUCUGGCAGCGGCAGUGACGCCAGCAGCGACGAGGAGGACGACGACGACGACGACGAGGAACAGCCUGUGCGCCGGAGACCCAUCAUCAAGUUGCGUGCGCGGCGCGUGCAAGAUGAAGACUCGGAGCUGUCGUCACUCUCCAGCGAGGGAGAACGUGAACAACCAGUACCCGCAAAGGGGAAGAAGGCCAAGAAGAAGGAGGCCAAAGACGACGUGUCUCGCAUCAAGGUUGAACGCACCGAGUCCGGUACGAGCACACCUGGUGCGGUGGGAGGCAAAGCGCCCAUCAAGGCGACCAAGGUCGCCGGCAAAGCGUUCAAGUCACCCGCACUCGCGUCCAAGCAGCCGACCAAGUCUAGCAAAAAGAAGAAGGUCAAGGCCGAAGACGCGAUGGACAUUGACGAGUUUGAUGUCGACAGUGUCGAGCCAGAGGAAGCACCACCUGUGGUCACGACGCCCAAGAAAAAGAAGGUCAAAGAGGAAGUCAAGUCGGAGGACAAGCCAAAGAAGAAAAAGGAGAAGAAGUUACCUCCUCCUGUCACUCUGGCGAUUCCAACAGCGGCACUCAUCAAGCCACAGCCAGCACCACAGCCCGCUGCUCCUCCCACUCUGGCCGCGGCGGCGACUGCUCCUCCCACACUCGCUGCUGCUGCCACAGUUCCUCCUCCAGAGCCAGCUGCACCGACCCUUGCGGAGGCCAUGGCGACUACGCCUGCACCAGUGUUGCCUCCUCCAGAGCCUGUUGUGCCACCUGUUCGUGUUCCAACCCUCCUCGAGGCAGCUGGCAUCGUCGCCCCGCCCUCUCCCAUCCAGCUUGCUCUCCCCCCAGGCGCGACGGCCCCACGACCACCGGCCCCAGUUGCGGCCCCGGUGACGCUGGCGAUCCCAACUCCGGCCCCUCUUCCCGUCCCGGCACUUGCCGCCGUUGCCCUACCCCCAAGCGCGACCACAACAGCGACCCCUUCGCCGACACUGGCUGCUGCGGCAGUCCCAGUGGCCCAUCCCCCUCCGCAGGUUCCCGGGCAGAUUGUUCAGCAGAUUCCUGGGCAGAUUCCUGGACAGAUUCCAGGACAGAUUCCGGGACAAGUCCCACUACAGACGAUUCCCGGCCAACCCGGACACCCGAACCGCCCUCAGCCCAUUGCGCUCACCCGUGGCAACCCGCCCCACCAGUCUGGCGAGAAUGGCCCGCCCAAGCCGUACUACAUCUCGGAGCUCAUCGAGAACCCGAACCGCUCGGGCCACAUUCUCUGCUCUGUGCCCAUUCCUCCUUCCGGGGCUGGCCCUCGCCCGCCGCCACAACAGGUGCUCGGUCUCGAUGGCCAGUCGUUCAUCGGCCCGCCGCCGCUCAAGCCCACCGCGACUUUUGCGACAAUCAUUCACCGUGCCCUCGUCAACUUGCCGCGUGGCCGUGGUACGCUAGGCGAAGUGUGCAACUGGGUCGCAGGCGAGUGGGAAUGGUUCCGACUGAACCCCGAGGCAGGCUGGCAAAACUCUAUCCGCCACAACCUGUCACUGAACAAGGCGUUCUUAAAAGUGCCACGUAUCCCCGAGGACGACCCCGAGAGCAAAGGUUCCGUGUGGAUUCUCGACCCCGAGGAGGGCCCGCUUUUCGAGGAGAAGCAGCGCCGCGACGCUCUCAAGUCCGAGGGCAAGGCCAAGAAUGCCGAGGAGAAGCGCAUGAAGGAACGUCUCAAGGCCGAGGAGCGCAACCGCAAGCAGCGCGAGCGCGAGAUGCAAAUGGCCGAGGCAGCGCGCACCCAGCAUCACAUGAUGGGGAUGGGUCGCGGCAUGCCUGCUGUCCGCCCCGUCGCCCGGCCACCCACAACGACAGUCCCCAGCGCCAACCGCGGCGUAUUAGGACCCAAGCAGAAGAUUGUGGUUGUCAUCAAGCCCGUGACACCGGCUCUCCGCGCCACGUCCGUUAUUGACAAGACGGACGUGUCUGGCGCACCGCUUCCCUUUGUGUGUGACGGCACAACUCUUGUCCUCGAUCAGCAAACGUUUGGACACCUUACAACGGAUAUUGUCGACAAGCUGCAGCUCCUUGGGGCCGCCGGUGCCGUCGACGUUCUGUCGGCGUGGGUCGUCAACAAGAACAAGCAGCAGGCCCAAAAGGCCGCGGCAGCCAAGGCCGCCGCAGCCGCAGGCAAGCCUGGCGUCCCCGGUGCCAUGGGUGUGCGACCCGGUGCACCUGUCGGUGUUCGUCCUCCCGUCCGCCCGCCCGUCGCCACACCCGGCGCUCCCGGCGUAGCCACAGCCGUCCCCAAACCCGGCGUCGGGACGCCCGUUGCUCCAGGCGCCAAACCAGUCGGCAAGCUGCCUGGACCCGCACCCCCAGGCGCCAACCUCACAACGGUCAUCAGCAUGAUUGCAGAGGUAGCCAAGGCCCGUGGCGACGUCAACACGGUGGGACCCAACGCCGGUGCGCUCCUGCGCUACAUCCGUGUCGUCGGCCAGAAGAUGGACCUGCGCGUCGCAGAGCAUAUUUGGGCCACAGGCCAGAUCCCUGCUGGCAAGGUGCCCCAGGUUAAUGGCAAGCCUGGCGUGCCCGGUGCGCCGGCCGCGAAUGGCGCGGUUCGUCCUCCAGCUGUUGCUCCGGGUGCUGCCCCUGCGGCUCCCGCUGCUGUUGCUGCUGCUCCUGCGGCUCCCGUGGCUCCUGCGGCUCCAGGUACUGCUCCUGGUACUGCUCCUGCUGCUACCCCUGCGGCUCCUGCUGGUCAACCAAUCUCUUCGGCGCCGACCGCUGCUGCACCGGCUGGUCCUCCGGCCACUCCUGGUCCAGCUGUCGCGACAGCGGGUGUCAAGCGCAAGCUCGAAGACGGACCAGGUGCGCCUCCGACCCCGACCCCGGCCCCAACUCAGCCUGCUGCUGCUCCUGCCCAGCCCGCUGCUGCUGUUCCUCAGCCUCCGGCCACGCCCGCUCAGCCGGUUGCUGCCCCAGCUCCCGCCGCCGCCGCCGUCCCAACUCAGCCGGCGGCCACUCCAGCGCCCGUCGUCGCAGCCCCUGCUCCAGCUGCUCCCACCCAACCACCAGCACCGGCACAACCUACUCUUGCUCCCCCACCUGCCGCUGCUGUUGCCCCUGCCCCCCAACCUGUCGCUGCCCCUCCUGCCUCCGCCCCCGCCCCCGCCCCUACGCCCGCCCAAGCUCCAGCCCCCACCCCAGCUCCUGCGGCUGCCCCCGUCUCUCUCGCCGUUGCCGAGGCCGAGCCAGAGGCCAAGAGGCAGCGCGUGGAGGCGCCCUCGUCAUAG